UCGCAUCGAUAGAGGAGACGAUUAAUACUUUGUGCGUCUCACUCGACUCUAAAUUCCUGUUUAUUUGUUUUGUGUUUUGUGUGCGGCAAUCUCAUUUAGAAUUUAAGUAAAAAAAAGAAUUGUCGUAAAAUGGGACAAUGGCGACGGCAAGCAGAGCUCGCCACUGGACUGCUACUGUUUACUGCGGCACUUGCAGCGGCAGCGUUGCAGCCGGCAUCAAAGCCACUGACCGACACCGUUUACUUGGCCGAAGGAACCUCGAUCGACAUCACCGCCAAUGGCUUUGGACACAAUGUGCUGCGCACGUAUUGUUAUCCUGGGAAAGGACACUCGGUCUUCAGCCUUUUUGAGACGGUGGAAUUUGCCCUGUCGAUUGCCAACGAUGAUUAUACCGAAUAUGGUGGCAAGACGCCCGGCGAAGUGCUCGAACACUACAAGGAGCAACGUUCACUUUUCAGCUUUACGCUCUUCUCGCAGAAGCGUCAACGCAUCCAACUCUCGCCCUUCGAACAGCAAUGCAUUGGCGUCUCCUCGCGUCAACCGUACAACGUGAGCCUCAAACAUUCCCAACUCGAUUUGUGGCGUCUGCUGCAAUUUGGUGUGGGCAUCUUGAUCUUCUGGAGCGCUGCUCGUCUGGCCAAGAACAGUGUGUUCUACUACUUGGCUGGCAUUGUGUUGGGCAUCUGCGCCUCGUUGCUCGUACUGAUAGCCAUUGCCUCGAAGCUGGUGCCCCGUCGUCCCAUGAUGUAUGGCGUUCUAAUUGGCGGCUGGACAAUUGGAUUGUUUGUGCUCAAGCAGCUGGCGGACAAUAUACGCGUCAUCCUGCUGACAUAUCGCGAGUAUGUUAUGUGGUAUUUGGCCAUCACGGGACUGGCGUCGUUCCUCUUCUGCUAUCGCAUUGGACCACCGAAGAAUCCGCGAUCCCAGCACAUCAUCAGCUGGGUGCUCCAGGCCAUUGGAGGCGCCUUGGUCUACUUCAGUAGCUGGCACACAAGCGCCUGUGUUGUGCUCAUGGUUGGCGUGUUUGUGGCACGCUAUUUUCCCGACUCGUUGCUGCAGUAUGGCCAGCGAUUGUACAAGCGUCGUUUUCCGCCCAAACGUCGUCUGCUCACCCAGGAGGAAUACUAUCAGCAGACGGUGAACGAGACCGCUCGAUCGUUGGCCGAGUUGCGUGACUUUGUCACGAGUCCCUAUUGCAAGCAGUGGAAGACGAUGUGCAGUCUGCGGGAUCCGAUGAGAUUUGCAUCGUUUGCGAAUGGAGCGCCCCAUCUGUAUGACGAGGAGAUUGAGGAUUAUUCGCGCACCAUUGAGGAGUCCAUGGAGGGUGCCGACGAAGAGGAGGCCGAGGAUUAUCUGCAGUGCAACAUGUACUAUCGUCCAUCGGCCAGGCGCAAUCAUCAACGUCAGACGCUGACGUCGCCAAGCUAUUAUCAGCCAGCUCGUCAUUUGCCAGUCGCGGGGCGUCAGCAGCUGGAGCGUAAUGCACCGCAGCGGCCAGAGCCUGACGAUGAUGAUGAGGAGGAGGAUGGCGACGAGGAUGAAUAUAAUUAAGACUUUUUUUUUGCCACAAAUUUAAGACUCAUUUAGUGGAUAAGCUAAUGAUGCAAAAGACUAUUCAUUAACAUUUAAAAAAACUCUUCGGGUGUUUUUUUGUUCUUUUUCUGUUUUGUGUCCUAGUCCAAGCCAAAAAUGAUCGAUCGUACUUAAGACUUAAGACUAUAUUCUAGCUCGUAAGUUUCUUCAGGUUUACAAAAAAAUAAACUUAAUAAUCUGGUCUCA